CAUACGCGCAAACUACUGUACAGUACCGACGCCAUUUUUAGUUCACAUGCGAAGAAUUGUGCCUUCUCGCCAGGAAGUUUUCUAAUGAAUCCAUCAGAACCAUGUUAUGUUGCUGUGACUUCACCAGACUCAGCAUCCAGGAACUGCCAGGGACUACUACUGUCAUGGAAGUGCGGGCGGAUGUUGUUGGCCCAUGAGGGGAUCGGAGCCGUGUGAGCGACCGAGGGGGGAUUAAGUGUGGCUUCCCCCGCUUAGUUAUUCCAGCCAUCGCCCCUCGGCACUGGCUGACGGUCACAGAGGAAAAAAAACAUGAUGCUCCGGAUCAGAUCUUUUGCUUGGAAUAACACGCAUGCCAAGGGGAGAUUGACAUGGAUCGAUCUGCGCAAAGAGUCCAACCGGCCACAAACCUCUCAUCAAUGCUCUCUCUCACGCGCGAUCUGCUCUUCCCUAGCCCGACCAUCGACACAAAUCGAUCGGCCUCCCUCCCCCCAGAUGUCCCAUCUCGCUGGCGAUCUGUUAGCAGCGUUCUUGGGAUUUCAUUUCAUUUUUCUUUUUCAUGUUCCCCACAAACCAUGUGGAAUGGAGGAUAAAUCUCAAAGCCGACCAUGAAAGACAUCCUGCAUCCGGACUUUUUCUCAAACAAAAUCACCCACAGCCAGCCAGCUGCCGAGCUCCAGUUACCCGACUCGGCUGCUGGCUUUAAGCGAGGUUUCAAGCUUCAUUAUUAAUAACUCUUGGUACUAACUAUGGCUGUUCUCCUCCGGCCUCUAGCUUGAUUUCCAUUGGUUAAUGCACUUCCAGAUUCCCAUCCAGGCCCUUGUGGAGAGGGGAUGAAGAAGAAGGCCAAAUCAGAGAGAAGAGUCUCAGCUCGGAGUUUGGCGUUGCGUCGCGCGGAAAAGGGGUUCCCUGGGUUCCAAUUCUUAAACCUGCAACCGGACUCAGUCGAAGUAUCGCAGUCACAGCCCUUUGGAGGCCAGCCCGCCCUGCUGCCCCUGUCCCCAAAAUCCUCCAUCCCCGGCUGGAAAGUGACAAUCUCCAGGGAUCUUGGAUUUCAGUAAUUUGGUUAUUAUGAAUUUGACUGCUACUGAUAUUUUUUUUUCUCCCACGAUGUCCUUCUCUUGUAUCUUUCGAGAGAAAACCGGGUCUAAUGGGCAGCCAUAAGUAGGUUUGACUUGUCCACCUUUCUAGGUGUGGAGCAUAUCUCCCUCUCAUUUUUACUACCGGAUAGGCCAAUUAUAUGUUCCAAGGUCCCCCCCAUCUGGCGCCAUCGCUGGGCCCCUCUUUCUUGAUAUGCCAGGAUCAACAUGAACAGUGUACUCCGUAGACGAUCAGACGUGUUAGUCACCGCAUGUGGCAAGGCGUUUGGGAAGCACUCAAAUAAUUACUGUUGCCCACCCUCUUCAUUGCGUUCUCCUUCCUUCUUUAGCAGCCUGCAUACAUAAGUCGAUUUUUUUCUAGACUAAAAUAACAGGGAGUAUUUUCGGAUUACAAGGAACCAAACUGAAGGGAAAGAGGUCCAUCCAGCCCAUGGCACUGGGUGCAUUUAAUCGGAUUUCUCUUAAACCCUGGAUCCUCGCCGUGAUUCUCUCCUCUUGCCUUUCUACCCCUUGGUACUUUCGAUGAAGGCAGAAACUUGGUUGAUUAUACCCUUUUUGAGUGAGAAACUGGUCCCUCUCGGAAAGCAUAUCAAGCUUAUAAGGAGUUUGAAAUCCAAAAAGCCAGAGAAAGUGGGCGAAGAUGUCUUUAUCGGACCCCGAAUUUGUUCAAAACUUCAAGACUGAGACAUGGACACUAUAUGGCGUGGGCAUGCUUGCUAUUGCCUGUCGGGGCGUUGCCCGCGUAAAGCGACUUGGAUUUGGCGGCUUGCAAUUAGACGACUACCUCAUGCUCACAGUUGUCUUUUGGUUUACUCUUCUAUGCGUUUCGAUAAACCAAGUCAUUAGUGGCGGAGGCUCCAACCUGUUAUCCGAAGAAGAAAUAUUGGCACUCACUCCUGAGACGACGGCGGCGCGUAUCAGUGGGAGUAAAUGGGUAUAUGUCUCUGAACACAUGAUGGUCCUCACCAUCUGGACCAUGAAGUUUUGCAUGUUAAUAAUAUAUGGGCGUAUCACGAACGGAUUGCGCCACCGAAAAUUGGUUAACUACUGUGCCAUAUACACUGCAGGGUCAUUCGUCGGAAGUGAACUUGCGCUUUUUCUCAUAUGUCGACCGAUCACGGAUCACUGGGCGGUGCCCACACCAAACUACCAGUGCUCGUCCUACCAGUAUUACGAAAUUGUCAACGGUUGCAUAGGCAUCACCGGCGACAUAUUUAUGCUUCUCGUAGGCAUCCCGCUCCUCAUGUCUGUCCGCCUACCGCUGAAACAGAAAGCCAUCCUGCUUCUCAUCUUCGGGCUCGGCAUAUUCGUCAUCAUAGCCGCCCUCCUCACCAAAAUAUACUGCCUCGUUCCCUCGUUGAUCUCCUACGUUUAUUUGAACUGGUACUUCCGAGAGGCCACUGUUGCAGUGCUCGUGACAAAUCUACCUCUCACUUGGUCUUUGCUGCGCGACAUUUUCCCCGCACUCAAGAAUUGGUCCAGUGGAGGAUCGGGUCCAACAGGUCGCCUUGGAGCAUCACUAUCUGCACCAGGGCGCUCGUCACGAGGAGCACUUCAGUCUAUGGAUUACAACCUACAAUCCUUCACCCGAUUGACAUCAACAGUCGACACAGGAAAGUCCGCCAUGAAUGGAAAAGGCCAUCACAGCCCUACCGCAAUUAGCAGUGAUGACGACAAUUCGGUGCGUUCGUUGCAUAUCAGACAGGAUGUUACCAUCACAGUGCAGUCGGAAGACGCGCGGGAUGGAAGCGAUAUAGGAGGGGAACACCAUCAAAAUCUUAAUGACAGCCCGCCAUUCCAACCGAUUACCCGACCUACACGGCCGGCACAAGCUUUCCCCUAUGGUCAAUGGGACACAUCGCAUAAAAUAUCCAGCGAUGAAGUUGGCCAUCCAAAUAUGAAGAGCUAAGCCUGCAGAAUAUUUUAUAUGAGGGAAUGGGCAAAUUUUGUAACGAGCCUGGGAGUUUUUGGCGUUUUGAUCCUAACUGUACCUGUACUAAUUCCAUCUUGGGCACCGCGAGGAUUUGCAUGUGGCAUUUGGCCAUUUGUCCAUUUGUCUACUUUUUCACAGGGAGGUGUAGAAAGGCAUAUAGACAUUUGAUGUUUGUUGCUUGCUUAGAAUUAGGUGUCUGCAUAUUGUCUGUAGUUCUUAUAGCUGGUGGCAUUUGAUCAGCUCUAGUUCAGUGUAUACAGUAUAGAAAUGUAAAUAUAGAUUGCUUUAUAUCUCAGUCUGUUUGUCUAAACCACCCGCUCAGUGAGGGAUCCAUUGUUAACAGCACAUCCCUAAAACAGGGCUUUUUGUUUAUCAAAAGAUAUAUAUAUACAGUCACGGAACAGCUUUAGAUGAUGAUAAAGUCAGCAUUCUUUUCUUCUAAAAGUGAAA